AUGGAUUCAGUACCAACAUUUGAUCCUGUAACUAUGGAUAAACCAUUAAAAUCAUCAUUUUCAACAGUGUCUCAUAAUUUACCUGAUAUAUUACCAGCACCAGUAACACAUAAACAUCACCCCCAAAAACGUGUUCGAUUUGCAUUAAAAUUAGAUUCUGUUGAAGAAGAAUCAUCAUCAUCAAGUCGAGAAAUUUUACCUUCAGCAACAUCACAAUUAAAUAAGAGAGUUAUUGAUCCUUGGCGACAACAUAGAUCACUCUAUGGCGCUUAUUUUGAAUAUUUAGAAAAACAAGAUAGAUUACAAAAUAAUGAAACUGAAAUGCGUCGUGUACCACCACCCGUGCCACCACCACCACCUGAACCUGGUGCUGAACCACCGACAUAUACACAUACAUUUGUAAUACAAAGUAAAUCACCAGAUCUUGUUAUUGAUUCAAUUACAAUAUCGACGCCACCACUUCAUUUACCUCGUAUUAUUCAUCGAAGCAAAAAACCUAUAGAACAACAAUCAACAACAAUCGAUUCUUUUGUUAAACAACAAUUAAAAAUAUCAACUCUUCCACGUAUGGCAUAUACAAAAAAAGUAACAAGUUCACCUAAUCAAAAAAAUCAUGAUGCAUCUGUAAAUACAGCUCUAAAGCGAGCUGAAGUAAAUAUGCCGUCAACAAAUGGAUUACAAUCAAAUGAUAGAAUUGUUCGACCAGAUAAUUCAUUUGGAUCGAAAUAUGUUAAUGAACAUGUUCAAACUAGAAAAAUGACUGAAACUUUUACGAAACCAUUAUCAGUUGCAACUAAUCAAAAAUAUCAUUUUUCUGAACGAUCUAUUUUACCAAAUUAUUCAAGACAACCAGCAGUGCCAAAUCAUACUCUUCGUACAUAUGAUAAACAAAAUAUGAAAGCAUGUCAUUUUUUUGAAAAUCAUGAUAAUGAUUAUCUUUUUCAACCAAUUAUUCAUUCAACUCAUUGA